UAAAACCAUUCGGCCUCAGCCCAAACCACAUCAGUUACCAAGCCGCCUCUUUCAUCCCAGCAAUGGCUUUCAAAACCUUCUUUGCCGCAGUGGCGCUUGCCUGUCUGAGCGUCGCCAUCGCUAGCCCUGGUGGACAGCUCAGCGCCGCAUGCAGCAGCCGGACGACCGAAAACAUCAACAAGCAGAUUGAAAGCUGCACGAAGGACCUUCCCUCAUGGCGAUUCUGGCAACCUGCCGUCGCUUGUGCUAGCGAAAUUACCUACUUCAUGGGCAACGCAGUCACCUGCACGCUGGGCGACCUUGUGCAAAAGCUGGGCGUCUGCCUUCAACGUCAGGCCGUCGAGAGCGAGAAAUCGAAGGCGUGCUUCCAGCUCGCUUUAGUCAACGGAGCAUUGUAAGAAAAAUCUGCAAUUUGAAACUGCGAAUUUGUAACUGUACAUUGAGGGGUAAAUGACACGAAUUUGUUGUUGACCACUGCGUCAUACGAUUGUAUAAAUGAUGUGAUGUACAGUAAAAUGGUAAACGUGAUUAAAACCCACGUUGGUUUCAUUUAUGCACUCCCACAUAACCAACAAGUUAUGAAA